AAACGGACCAUGGGCAAGUCUAAAGCAUGCGGUUGUCUGCUUACCGCAUGCAUGACCGUCGAGCCUCCAGGUGGCGCUAAAUGAAACUCUGCAACUGUGUCGCGGGGGCUUGAGAAGAAGGGCGAACAACACCCAGCGGGCUGGCGCAGGAAAAGGGAAGUCCCAGGAAUGCCGAAGAAAUUCCAGGGUGAGAAUUCCAAAUCGGCCACCGCGAGGGCCCGGAAGGCCGAGGCCAAAGCUGUCGCUGAUGCACGCAAACAGAAGGAGCUGGAGGACGCACUCUGGCAAGAGACCGACAAACAUGUCAUGAAGAAAGAGCAGAGGAGGGAUGAUAAGGAGAAAAAGCGUUUGGAGGCUCUGGAGAGGAAGAGAGAAAACCAAAGGCUCUUAGAGGAAGAAGAUGCUAGGAUAAAGGGUAAACAGACAAAAGAAGCCCCCAGUAAAGUGACUCGAGCCCAGAUUGAAGAGAACCUACAAAGCGUCCAAAAUGUUAAGGAAACCAAGGAAAAAGACAAAAGCCACUUGGAGAUGCCGCUUGAGGAGAACGUCAAUCGGAUAGUUCCAGAAGAAGGCACGGUGGAGGCCCGAACCAUUGAGGAUGCCAUUGCAGUUCUGAGCACUAAGGAAGAUUUGGAUCGACACCCUGAGCGUCGCAUGAAAGCCGCCUACACUGCAUUUGAAGAAGCAAACAUGGCACGCCUUAAAAUGGAGAACCCCAAUAUGCGACUUUCCCAGCUAAAACAACAGCUCAAGAAGGAGUGGACGAAAUCUCCGGAAAACCCGCUCAACCAGCGUGUGGCCUCCUACAACUCCAAGUAAACCACCACAAAUGGCACUUAAAGACUGACCCUCGACGCAGAUCCUAACAAAUACAAAAAGCCACCACGAUUAAAUUUGGACACACAAAAUUUACACAUGAACUGCUGAUCUAUUCACACCCCUCACCUCGUAUGUGAGCUCACAGACAAACUUGGAUUAUUUAACUAAUUAUUCAAUAAAUGUCUGAUGAUGUAUGAACAGCAUACAACUAAUUUGCUUAUCUGCUAGGCAAUGGCCUCUCAAGAGCUGCUGGGAAGUUUCUAGGUUUGGUUUCGAGUGAACGCAGAGUGGAUUCUCAACUAGCACAUGUCUCCUCCACAUAACAUGUUUUACUGCUGUGUUGAGUUCAUUUAUUAAUGUCUUCAUCUAAUAUGCGGAACAUGAGCUGGAGUGUGGUUAACCUGAGGCAAGUUUUUAUUUUUUAUAUUUAGUGUCUGUGUGAUGAUCAUUAGGGUUCAGCUUCUGGUUUGAUAUUUAUGGAGAAGAGAUCUGAUAAUUGCUCUAAAUUAAGAUGAUGUGGAUAGAGAUUUGUUUGCUUGCUUGAUCUUACAUAGCUCUUUGUUUUGAAAAUGCACUUUGGACCUCGUAUGGAACGAUGUCUCCACGUCCCAAAGGCGAGUGGACUAAUACACACGUGUCAAGCGCUGCGAACACACUCUGGGCUGUGCUUCGCAUCUGUGGAAGAGAACAAACGCUCUCAGUUGCUCUUGGAAAAAAAAUCUAAUAAAAAGGAAGGAAGAAACAGCUAUUA